AUGUCCGAGUCCCCGCGCAUCGACGUGACCGGCAACGACGAUGACGACGAGUUGUGCUGCACCAACGACCGGGCACCGGUCACCGGCGCCGGUAACGGACCGAUGACGGCGGCCGCCUGCAAGACGAUGAUGAUGGCGACGGCUGCGGCGGCGGCCGCGAUGACGGCGGGUAACGGAGGCGGCGGCGGCGGCGGUGGCCGCGAAUCUCCAGCCGUCAAGUCGGCCGCACCGCCGUACACGUCGUUUUCCAUUUCGAGCAUACUCAGCAAGGACAAACCCGGCGGGGGCGCCGGAAAACAGCACAGGAGCGUGGGCGCCGCUGUGUCGCCGGCCACCGCGGCGGCCGCGGCAGCUGCAGCGGCCACGUUCGACGUCACCGCUCAUCUGGCAGCCGCAGCCGACCACGCCAUGUUAUCCAGACUGGGCUUGAUGAGCCACUUCGGAGCACUGGCCGCAGCGGCUUCAGGCCGAAGUCCGUUUAUGCUGUACCCGGGUGUGGGGAUCGCGGGCACCACGGCCAGCGCGUUGGACAAACACUGGUACUCCGCGUGGUCGCAACCCUUGUCGGCCGCCAUCAGUCCUACCGGCGGUUCGAGCUCGGCAAACGAAGAGAACAGCCGACCCAGCACUCCACACAGCGUGGGCGUCAACACGGGUGGCACGUCGUCGCUGGCCGGCCACAGUCCGGAUGGAUGGUCGACCGGCGAGGACGGUGGUGGUGGCCGAGGCCCAGGGUCGCCGAACCACCAGCGACGGUUCGUGGGCAACUGCGGAGGCGGCGGCCGUUACAUGGAUCAGUCGGUGAACGCGGCCGUGUCCAUGGACGACGACGACGACAUGGCAGACGACGGUCCUGACGACGACGACGCCGGUAAAAAGGACCACGGAGGGUGCGGGGGCGGCGGAGGCAACGGCGGCGGGAGCGGCGGGGCGGGCGGCAAGCGGAAGAAGAAGACCCGCACGGUGUUCUCCCGGAGCCAAGUGUUCCAGCUCGAGUCUACGUUCGACAUCAAGCGGUACCUGUCCAGCUCGGAGAGGGCCGGGCUCGCCGCGUCCCUGCACCUGACCGAGACCCAGGUGAAGAUAUGGUUCCAGAACAGGAGGAACAAAUG